CGAUUCAAUCACACGAAUUGGCGUUCAUUUCGUUGAAUGUCUCCAAAACUUAACUAUAAUUUGCUUUCAAUUCAGUGAUUGUCACCUCAUUUAUCACUACUUGUGUCCACUGAAGAGCUCGUAGGCCAUGGAGGGUAUUGUCAUCCGACCGGAUGUCUUAAACAAACUGAAGAAUCACUUAUCGGAUCAGUCAUAUCAAGACGCCAUUGAGAACUCAUCGAAAUAUAAUGUCCGACUCGUGAAUGAGAGACGUCUUCGGCUGCCAUUCCUCGACGCCCAGACAGGAGUGGCACAGAGUGAUUCUUACAUAUGGGCGGAGACUGUGGACCGAAUGCCCGGACACAGCAACGGUCAGCUCUACUCAUAUCCUGCGCGCAGAUGGAAGAAGAAGAGGCGACAGUAUCUGUUGAAUGAUAACUAUCUGACCAAAAGGAUCAGAGAAAGUGAGAUAAACGGCGAAGAAGUGGUGACCAAUACUGUGGAGAACAACAAUCGCAUGGAUGUGACCGAGAAUUUCGAGAAAUUCAUUGAGGAGUCGAAAGAGUCGUGGCUCCGAGACUUCGAUGACGGCAGCGAUUUGCCGGACGCCGGAGAACUCGAUGACCCGGAGUCUGAUUACGACGACUACGAAGAAUACUCGACCAGAAAGAAGAAGAAGAAGAAGGACGCGCCGAAGCGAAAGCGAGUCGAGUAUUCAGACGCAGAAAAGCCAUACUCUUGUGAUCUGUGCGGCGCUCGAUAUAAGACAAGACCCGGUCUUUCGUAUCAUUACUCCCAUAGCCAUCAAAACGAUGGAUCCAACGGUUCCAACAGUAAUUCGAUGAGUGGACCCAAUAGUAGCGGAAUUGCCAGAGAGGACGAAGAUAUGCCGUACACACCUCCUCGUCAGCUUCACCAUCAGUCACAUGUAUCACAUCCAACCCAAUCAACUCCCGUUCCUCAUCCUCCGCCAAACAUGCCAUCAGCACAACAACAACACCCAAACCAACACCCAAUGCCUCCAAUGAUGCCGCAAAUGAUGGCAUCCCAACAGCAUUCCUCUCCAAUGCCCCCAAAUCCUGGCCCUAAACCUCCUAAUCCUGAAGAAGAAGGUUCUAAGAGCGCCAGCGGUAAGCCAUUAGCCUCUCCGAGUCAAUACUGCGACUUCUGUUUGGGAGACUCGGCUGAGAAUAAGAAGACCAGAUCUGCCGAAGAGUUGGUGUCGUGUUCUGAUUGCGGCCGCUCUGCCCAUCCGACAUGUCUUCAGUUCACACCAAAUAUGGUGACCUCGGUCUCCAAAUAUCGGUGGCAAUGCAUUGAAUGCAAGUCUUGCGGUCUAUGCGGCACAUCAGACAACGAUGAUCAAUUAUUAUUUUGCGAUGAUUGCGAUCGAGGUUAUCAUAUGUACUGUCUCUCACCUCCACUCUCAGAACCUCCUGAGGGCUCUUGGAGUUGCCAUCUAUGCAUAGAAGAAUACCACACCCCCAAGAAGUAG